AACCAAAGGAACAAAAGAACAAAAUCGGAACAAAGGCGAACUCUUCUCCUUCGUGCGUGCUCGUCGCUCCUCUCGUCGGCUGAAGCUUCGUUCUUCCUUUUCCGGCGUCUCUCCCAUCUCUCCGGCGGCUCCCACUCGGCUGACUCUCCAGCGACUCCUCACUCCGGCGACUCCAGGUACGUUUCUGGUGCUCCUCCUUCUCCGGUCAGCGUUGCUCCCCCUUCGGCGCGACAGAUCUGGGACGGCUCGCUCGAGCCUCGAGCGAGCGUUGCUCGCCCAGAUCUGCGGUAGAGCAAGGACACGAACUCGAGCUCCGGUUCUGCUUCCCCCCCUCAGAGGCUGGUCAUGGCGGAGAAGGGAGGGAAGGGGCAUUCGCUGCCCGGCAAAGCGGCCAAGUCCUCGCUCAAGUCCACCACUCCCAACGGAGCGUCCGCGAAGGGCAAGGACGAUGGUUCUGGGAAACCCAAGAAGGGGAGGAAGGUUCAGUUUGAUUCCGAAGUGAAUUUGGGCAAAGGAGGGAAAGGAGAUAAGACUGGCAGGGCUGCCAAAAGUUCCGCUCCCAAAGAACAGCCUCCUCUGGAGCUCAGAGUUGAGCAGGAACUCCCAAAACAUGCCAAAUGUCUGAUGGACUGUGAAGCUGCUGAAAUCUUACAAGGAAUCCAGGAGCAAAUGGUUGUAUUGUCUGAGGAUCCAACGGUCAAAAUUCCUGUGUAAGGAGUACAUUCUCGUGGGUCUCUACUUUAUGAACAUCGGUAGGAUGUAUCAAGCCCUUCUGGCUUCAGGAGACCUCAAGUCUGCAAGGAUUGUGCUGAGCAAAAUGCCCAAGGACGAUCCCCACGUGCGCCUCAUCAUCCAAGAAUCCCAAACGGUGUAUGCCAAGAUGGCAUCUGAGAAAAAGACGGAGAAAAACCGGAAAACAAAGGGAAUAA